GGCCCCUCCGCAGCCCCCGGCACAUGGGCCGCGGCUCCGGGAGCGGGGAGCUGGGUAUGGCCGAGCCGCCCGGCCGCUGCCCCGACUGCCUGGGACCGGAGCGGGGCGGCGGCAACGGGGGGGCUCCGGCCGUGCCCCACCUCGGCAUCGCGGUGGACGAGGGCGACGUGCUGCCCGGGGCUCUGCGGCUGGUCCGGGAGCUGAGACCCGGCUGGGAACCGGCCAGGGUGAAGACCAAGCUCUUCACUGAUGGCAUCACCAACAAGCUCGUGGCCUGCUACACGGAUGAGGGCAUGGUGGACGCGGUGCUGGUCCGUGUCUAUGGCAGGAAGACGGAGCUGUUUGUGGACAGGGACACGGAGCUGAGGAACUUCCAGGUGCUGCACGCCCAUGGCUGUGCCCCCGACCUCUACUGCGCCUUCCAGAAUGGCCUCUGCUACCAGUUCCUGCCGGGAAUCGCGCUGGGGCCCGACCACGUGCGGGAACCCCACAUCUUCAGGCUGGUGGCCCAGGAGAUGGCCCGGGUACAUGCCAUCCACGCCAACGGGAGCCUCCCCAAGCCCAUCCUCUGGCAGAAGCUGCACAAAUACCUCACCCUCGUGAAGACGGAUCUCAGCCCAAAGGUAUCCAACCCCAGCCUCCAGCAGGAUGUGCCCAGCCUGGAGAUGCUGGAACAGGAGGUGGCCUGGAUGAAGGAAACUCUCUCCCAGCUGGGGUCCCCCGUCGUGCUUUGCCACAAUGACCUCCUCUGCAAGAACAUCAUCUAUGAUGGGACACGAGGGCACGUUCGCUUCAUAGACUAUGAGUACACUGGCUACAACUACCAGGCUUUCGACAUUGGAAACCACUUCAAUGAGUUUGCAGGCGUGAAGGAGGUGGAUUACCGCCUCUACCCCAGCAAGGACACCCAGCUCCAGUGGCUGCGCUCCUACCUGCAGGCCUACAAGCAGCUCACCCAGGGCGACCAAGGGGUGUCCGAGGAGGAGCUGGAGGCUCUCUACGUGCAAGUGAACAAGUUUUCUUUGGCAUCCCAUUUCCUCUGGGCAUGCUGGGGCCUCAUCCAGGAUAAGUACUCUACCAUAGACUUUAACUUCUUAAGAUAUGCAAAGCUAAGGUUUAAACAGUACUUCAAGAUGAAGCCGGUGGUCACAGCCCUGCAGGUCUCUAAAUAGCAUCUCCAGCCUGUGAGACCCUGAGCUAGUUUGUCCUUGCUGCAUCCACAGCCCUCGCAUCCCCCUGGCCCCAUCCCCAGCCCGGCCGGGGGGCGAGGGCAGGUCCCCAUGGUGGGAAGGGGGAAGAGAGGAGCUCUGACCCAGCCACCGAUUAAAGGAGACCCUGGACAUACCCGAGACUGGACCAUGAGAUGCUAGAGAGGACCACGGCCUCGGAGAGGCCCCUGCCUACGUGAGGAAGCCUUUACCAUCGCCUUAACGUCGAGCCCCGCUGCCCGGCAGGUCCGUGCCUUGCUGGCACCGCUGCUGCUCCGCCUGGCACCCGGUUUGCUCCCUCUGUGCUGACCCCGAGGGGGGAAACAGGUCCCCCCCCGUCUGCUCAGGAGCCCCCAGAGCUGCCCAGUUGCUUUAGCUGCCCAAUGCACCCGCUUUGCCUUCGCUGCUCCCUCUGUCCCCAUUGCCCUGCCUGCCCGGUGCCACUUGGGCUCCCAGCGACAGCGCAGCCCCUCUCCUGGGUCAGUGUUGAUCCUGGCCUUGGGGCUGAGUGUGGGACCCUUUUUCAUGGAGCAAGGGGCAGCAGCCCCAGCCAUGAGCCACAUGGGCUUGGGACCAACCAGUGUGAUUUUGCUGGUGGGUGCUGGGUGCCUGCACCCCCUGUUGUGCUCUGCUUUUGCUCCCAGACUGCCAUUAGCUUCAUGGCUUCCCUUGUAGCAUCCCAGCUACCAGGGUGGAGAAAUUCAUCCUGGUGGGAUUCAUCCUGCCCCUCACAUGCGCGUCAUCCCUGCGGUGCCCAUGUGAGGGGCAGGAGGUUGAACAGAGCUGACCCACUCCAUGAGCUGGGCACAGCUUCAUCCCUGUCAGCACCAUCAUGGGCGAUCCUGGCCUGCUGAGCACUGUCCAGCUCAUGACAGUGGUUGUGCAUCAGCUGGGGGGAGUGGAAUUGGACCUCUCUGCCCCUACUCUGGCUGCUCAGCAAGUGGUAUGGGGACAAGGAGCCAGCCCCCUCCAUGCAGGCACCUACCCCAGCAAGAACCAGGACUCUUGUUGCAUCUGGUGUUUUGUCUUGGUGCAAAAUAAAAGCUGCUGGUAGCUGGAA